AUGAGGACACCAGACAGAGGUGUCUUCAGGCAGGAACAGGUGUUCACCAUCUCUCCACACAGCGUCAGAGUAAACGCCGGAGAGGACGUCUUCCUCGAGUGUGUCAUCCAAAACCAACAGGGUAAAGCACAGUGGACAAAAGAUGGCUUUGCAUUAGGUUUCGAGCGCGACGUCCCAGGUUACCCUCGCCACUCCUACUCGGGGGACCCGAGCAAGGGGCAGCACCAUCUGGUCAUCAAGGGCGCCACCUUGGACGACGACGGCGAGUACCAGUGCCAAGUGGGUCCCACUACUGACACCAGUGCCUUGGCGGCCUCUGCUAACGUCACUGUUAUGGGUGAGGGUCGUUAG